CUUUUUUUUCAGUUUACCAAACACCUAAAACCCUCACAGCUUUUUUUCAUAGGUGCUUUUUUUUAAGCAUCUUACUUCCAAACUAGGUCUUAUAACAGGAACUAAGGUCUAUGGCCAUUGAAUUUUUAAAAGUAUAAUUCAAUGGCUAAGGGUCCAACUGCCACAUAUCUCGAUCUAUGCUAUAAGCCGUUCCAUUAAAGAUAACCCCCACAUUGACUACUAAGGAGAAAUUCCUAGGAACAUGAACUUACUAGCAUAUAUAUAUAUAUAUAUAUAUAUAUAUAUAUGCAUGUAUGUAAGUAGGGAUGCUUUUGACAUUGGGUUGUGCUGUGCUGUUGCUACAGCAGUCUAACUUUUUAUGACGUUACUGCUGACCGAAUAAUCCCAUUUAGGCAAAAUAUUUGCAGCAAAUUCUUACUCAAAUUUGCUAUUAGUACGGCACAGCAGUGCCUAUUACUUCCUAGAGAAAAGCAGCCAGAUAAAGAUACACUGCACUAUCAAGCUUUGCUUAUCGGACUUGCUUUCACUGCACAAACCUCAAGAAAUUAAUAUACUAAACAAAUUCUAUGCUGGAAAGACACUAGCGUUCAACCCUCUGUUUGCGUAAUUAAUUUCUGAUAAUUGAUGCAUGUAGGUUAUGUUAUAGAAGUUACGUAUAGUUAGUGAUUAUCUGUGUAUCGUUCAAGUUUAAUAAUUUCCGUUGUUAUUGAUUUUUUUACAACUUUUUUCCGCCUUUAUACACUCCUGUUUCCUUUUUUUUCAUUGAGAUUUAUUUCUAACCUUUAAAUCAAAGAAAUGAAAGAAGAAUCAUGAAAUACAAGUGUGCCAGAGAGUGUGCAAAGAGAGACGAGAGGAUGUGUUUGUCAAAAACAAAGAAAGCAAAGAUUAUGUUGAUAACGUGUCAAUGUGAUCAUCUGGGAUUCUGAAAGUGGCUUCAAGACAAUCGAGGCCUUCCAAAGACUUAAAUGCCACGCUGAUGCAGGUCCACAUGGAGGGUCCGGAUUGGAUGGAGGUACAGAAAGCCUGGGUGUUCCCCACCUACCAACCUGCAAAAAAAAAAAAGUUGACCCAAAUAGAUGUAUUAACAACUCAUUAAAUUCCUGUGCUGAUCCUUUCUCCUUCUCACUUCUUUACAUGAACCCUUCUGCCACUCCCUCGGGAAAUCUGGAUUCACAUAUACCCUUUUGAAGCAAUGCAAAUAAUAUCAGAUUAAUGAAAAAUAGGUGUGGAAGCUAGCUAGACAGCUAAGGGAGCUGAGAUUUCUUGAAAUUUCCAGACCCCAAAGGAGGAGCUGUUAUUUUGGGCCUAGGGACCCGCUCAUUUAGUACUGCUCUGUUGGGUUGGUUUCAGAGAGAUAAACAGAGAUAUUUCUAGAGAGAGAGAGAGAGCAUAUCAGUAUCUUCCUUUGGUCAUACAAGGAUUUUGAAGUGAGUUUUCAAUGAAGGUGGAAACUUUUUAGAGCUUUUCACAGUUUGACAAGAAACCCCAGAAUCAGUUGCUUGUGAAGCAAAAUUUUCUCUCUACCAAUGCAAGAUAGAGAGAAAACCAAGAAAAUUUCGGAGCUUUUCGGGAUUUGGAUUUUUGUACUCUACGCUUUUUCUUCACCUAUAUAUACAUUUAUACACAUAUAUAUAUAUAGUACACAUCUCCCAUCAAUUUGUGCAUGUACAUCUUGUGCUGUGAGUUGUGAGUGAUUUCAAAUCUCUCUCUCUCUCUCUCUCUCUCUCUCUCUCUCUCUCUCCCCUCUAAUCAUACUCACCAUAAUCACAGUAAUCAUUUGUGGGUUGAAGCAAUGAGGAAAGUUUAUUGGUUUGUGAUAGCUCUGCAAAUAUUGAGUUGGGUUUCUGCAACAAGCAGGCCUUUUCCUCCAAAUGCAGGUCCUGGUGUUCAUCAACCAGGCACAGGCAAAAGCCCAGAGUCUUUGCUAGCUACCCUACAAGAGGGUUCAAAGAGCAUCAAUGGAGGAGUGGGAAAGAUGAAUGCAAUAGCAAACUACAGAGAAUUCAGCAAAAUAGGGUCAAGCCCUCCAAGCUGUGACCAUAAGUGUUAUGGGUGCACUCCCUGUGAAGCCAUUCAAGUGCCCACCACCAAAAAGCAAACCUCCCAUUUGAGGGUGCAGUAUGCAAACUACGAGCCCGAGGGUUGGAAAUGCAAGUGUGGCCCAACUUAUUACACCCCUUGAAGGCUUGGACACAAAUCCCAAUCCCAUCUACUCAACUCAAUUCAUCCUAUUCAUCCAUUGUACAAAUAUCAAUUUUAAUGUGCAUUGAUCUUUUGCUUC